GAUUGUUUGGAAUGGUCAGAUGGACCGAUGGAGACACAGGAUGGCAAUCCGGACCGCUGAAAGCCUGGACAUGUGAGCGAAUACAAUUCUCCACAAAAUUCACUUUUGGUAGCGUGCGCUGCGGCUGUGUAAGGGUCAGUCAUGCCGCUGGUGAAGAGAAACAUUGAGCCCAGGCACCUGUGCCGCGGGGUGUUACCGGAGGGCAUCGGCAGCGAGCUGGAGUGUGUGAUGAACAACACACUCUCUGCCAUCAUACGCCAGCUCAGCAGCCUCAGUAAACAUGCUGAAGACAUAUUCGGCGAGCUCUUCAACGAGGCAAACAUGUUCUAUUUGCGGGCGAACUCUCUGCAGGACCGCAUUGACCGUCUUGCCGUCAAGGUCACCCAGCUGGACUCCACCGUCGAGGAGGUCUCUCUGCAGGACAUAAACAUGAGGAAGGCGUUUAAGAGCUCUACUAUACAGGACCAGCAGGUGGUGUCCAAGAGCAGCGUUCCCAUUCCUGUGACUGAGAUGUACAAUCUGAGUGAUAAACCACCACCGCUUAAUAUUCUCACACCCUACAGAGAUGAUGAUAAAGAAGGGCUGAAGUUUUACACCGAUCCAUCCUACUUCUUUGACCUGUGGAAGGAGAAGAUGCUGCAGGACACCGAAGACAAGAGGAAAGAGAAGAGACGGCAGAAGGAGCAGAGGCGAUGUGUAGAUGGCACACUGCAGAGAGAGGUGAAGAAGGUGCGAAAGGCACGAAACCGCAGGCAGGAGUGGAACAUGAUGGCCUUCGAUAAGGAACUGAGACCUGACCUUCGACAUUCACACACUGUACACAGAGGAGGAUCCACAGAGGGCACCAUGUCCCCAGAGCACAGGUCUCACGGAGAUCAUGCAGAUCACGGUUAUCUGUCCAUGGCCAAUCACGUCGGUCAUGCCCACACCUACUCUGGGCCUCCUCCCAGUAUGGCAGCUCUGUCAGCUCAUACUCAGAUGAGCCUGGAUCAGGAUUACCGCAGCGGGUCAAUGGCGUAUCGUUCUGGGACUCUGGGUCGCCCACAUCAGGCUCCACCUCCUCCACCAGCAUCACACACCAUCAACGGCUCCAUGACCCUCCCACCUGUCGACUACAGUGUGGAUUACAUGAAUUCUGGUCAGCUGCCUCCACCACCAGCUGUUAUCCCAUCAGCACAGACUCCUUUUGCUAUGCCGCCCAUGGGAUCUGGCCCUCCUCCAGGACAUGCAGGGUCAAUGGGAGCAAUGGCUGGCUAUGCCCCACCCAUUCAACCUACCGCCGGACCAAUGGCUGCUCCUCCUCCACCAGUAGCCCCGCCCCCUCCACCCAGUGCCAUCCAAUCCAUCACUCCCAAACGGCCCUCUGUGCCUAAUGAGGCCCAGCCCAUAAGUGAUGCCCGCAGUGACCUGCUCGCAGCUAUAAGAAUGGGUAUCCAGCUGAAAAAAGUUCAAGAGCAACAGGAACAGCAGGCAAAACGAGAGCCGGUGGGCAAUGAUGUGGCUACUAUCUUGUCCCGGCGCAUAGCAGUGGAAUACAGUGACUCUGAGGAUGAAUCUGAGCUAGAGGACAAUGACUGGUCUGACUAACACUAUACUAAUGCAGUACACGCUUCACAGACACUCACUCAGUAACUUACAUGCCAAUGUUAACAUUGCAUUUCCCAUACACACCAUCAUUUUGUACUGUACGCAUUUUAAUAAAGGCAUGAUAGGCCGACUGUAUUACGGAAUACUAAAAUAGUCAGUCUUUUCCCACGUAUGAUGCUUUUUCCAUUUUUUCUAAAGAUUUCUAACGUAACACUUGUUAUUAAAUGAUAUGGACAUACUGUAUUUAGCGAAUAGCAAGUGGAAUGGAUUAAUACGCAUGUUGAGGUUGAAGUUUCUGCAUGAAAGUUUUGAUGUAUGUUAAGAGCCAUUGACGCCAGUACUUACAUUUGUGUGAACUGACUAGAGGUGUUUGAUUAAACGACCUAAAAUGUG